AUGGUGAGAAGAGCAUCCAACGUUUCAGUGAGUUCUGAGGACCUUUCAGAACUACAAUCUAAAAUUGACCAUGUUAAUGAGAAACUAGUCUACUUCACUGACAAGGGUAUGGGUUCUAACUCUCCUGAUAUUAUUUCGUUGCUAGAGAAAUGCAUAGUUCAUAUGAGCACUAUGAACACUAAGAUUAAAACAUUGGAAGAGAGUAAACAAGCCAUUGAGAGAGAAGUUAAUAUGAUACGUAGUGUUAAUGCAGUACAGCAGAUGAAUAUUCAAGAUUUGCAAAGGGAGUUGGGAUUGAAAGUAAGUGGGACACCAAGGGGCAAUGAUUUAAAGACGCUUGGGACUACUAGGCACAACUCGAAAGUUGCUAAAGGAAUCAUGAAUUUUGAAAACAAUUUAAAGGUUAAUAAGUUAGUAAGAAGCAAACCAGCUGUGUAUGAUAUUGUAGAUCAACCCGCUUAUAGUGAUAUGCCUGAAAACGAUGAAGUGUCUGUUUAUAAUAAAGGCAAGGAACCGAGAAAAGUUAAGAACAGCAGAGUUGAUAAAGUCUUGGAAGCUAUUUCUUUACGUGAGCCAUCUUUGAUUAUUUAUGAAGAUGAUGAAAGACUGAAAGGUUGCAAUUGCUCUCUGGAUGAUAUUGAAAGUAAGCCAUUGAGAAAGAGUAUGAUUUUUGAUAUUGACGAUGUGGAUAUCCAAAACAAUCCUCCAAUUCAAAAUUUGUUAGAGAUACAAGAGUAUCUAAUAGAGAAUGAUGUGAGAUAUCACGAUUGGUCGGCUCACUUAUCACGUUAUUAUCGUGGUAAAAGCACUAAGAUGUAUUUCAGUAAUGGAUCUCUAGAGCCUUGGUCCAUUUGUCUUUACAAUCUUUAUAGAUUUGUUGACUUUAGACAGCUUGAUAAGAAUAGAACUAAAGAGUUACUGGAGAUAAUACCGACUGAGAAUGAAAGUGUUAAAUCUUAUUUCUUAAGAAUCAUUAAAUUAUCUGAAAAAAUCUGUACUCCAAAUAUUGCUGCAAUCGUAUAUACCAAAAUGGCAGAAACUUACUAUAGUACGGAUUCGCUCAAGCAUUUUGAUCUAACUAAUGUGAUAACCCUAGAUGAUAUGAUACAGUUCAGUUUAAACAUCGAUCCAGACAUUAAAAUCAGCACCUUGGUAACAACAAAGCCAAAUGCACAGACAAAUUCUGAAAUCACUAAGUCAAAUCCAGUAGAGCUAGCUACGAGUAUAAAUGCAACUCAACAAAUUAAGGGAAUUGAACUAAAUGACAAUCAAAAGAUUUCUCAAGUGAAAUCUAACAAUAAUCAGCGAGCAAAUACUAAGAUUGGUAAUACUAGUCAAGAAGUAUCUUCAAACUCAUCUGGCACUGAUCAAAAAAAGAACUCCAAAUGGCGAUCUAAUGUGAAAUGGGAUUCAAAUCACCCAAAGACAACACAAAACAAUAAACAAACAAAGACAGAAUACCCAAAAAACCAGAAGAAAUAG